AUGAGAGACGUGCCAAGAUUUGAUAAUCAGGUAUUGAACUCGUCUGAGGCUGAACCUGAGUUAGAUCCAUCUGAGAGCCAACCAUCAACUGCACCAGAAAAUAAAAUAAAUUUGGAUGCUGAAUUGAAUCCAUCUGAGAAUCAACUUUCAAAAGAACCACAAAUCAAUAUAACACAAAAUAUAGUCAUAAAACCUGGCAAAGACACUAUCUAUAGUUUGCCAUCUACUAGUAAAAAUAUAGGUGACUACUUAGUAGUUCCAGAAAAACCAACAAGAAAGAAUAAACGUAAUAUCGAAAGAGUUUCCUUUGCUAUAACAUCAAAAGAGUAUCAAGAGAGUUUUGAAAAAAAACAGAGUGUCGCAGCAAAAGCUUUAAAAAAGAGUGCGCAAGGUAAUGACAAAGAUAAUAAUUCAUGUUUUGUAUGCAAAGUUCGUACAAUAAAGAAUCAUUACUUAACAUAA